AUGUCCACAAACUUCAAGUUGAACACCGGAGCAGAGAUCCCAGCCAUUGGAUUUGGCACCUGGCAGGAUGCGAGUGAGCAGGAAGAUGCCGUAGCAGAGGCAAUCAAGGCAGGAUACCGUCAUAUCGAUACUGCACGGGUUUAUGGAACCGAGAAGGCUGUUGGCAAAGGCGUCAAGAAAAGCGGCAUCGCACGCAAAGAUAUCUUCAUCACAACCAAGCUAUGGAACAACAAACACCACCCGGACGAUGUAGCACCGGCUCUGCAGCAAUCCUUAGACGAUCUGGAAACGGACUACGUUGAUCUGUUCCUGAUUCACUGGCCCGUGGCCUGGAAACGAGGCGAGGAACUCUUUCCGAUGAAGGAUGAGAAGCCGAUCCUGGAGAAUAUCGACAUCGUCGACACGUACAAAGCAAUGGAACAGCUUCUGAAAACCGGCAAGGCAAAGGCGAUCGGCGUCUCGAACUUCGACAAGUCUGAGAUGGAGCGCCUGAUCAAGAAUACUUCCAUCGUUCCCGCUGCGCACCAGCUUGAAUGUCAUCCGUGGCUGCAGCAGCGUGAUUUCACUGAAUGGCAUCGAAAGAAUGGUAUACAUAUCAUACACUACUCGCCGUUUGGAAACCAGAACGCUCUCUAUAGUGGGAAGGGCGAACCCACGAAGUUGCUCGAGGAGCCUGUUUUGACAGAGAUAGGCGAGACUUACAACAAAACGCCUGCCCAAGUUACUCUUGCCUGGGGAGUCUCGCAGGGCCACUCGGUGCUCCCGAAGUCUAAAACACCCUUGAGGAUCAGGGCCAACCUGGGAGGCGACUUUAAACUGAGCCCAGAAGAUAUGAAGAAGAUUGAGAAAAUCAACAAGAAGCUUCGUUUCAACGAUAGCAGCGGGGAGUUUGGUAGGGACUUCUUCAAUGAUCUGGAGGGAAAGUCUUGA